CUGAAUACUGCCGAUCUGGGGUUCAGCCAAGUACAAUUAUAGAAUCAGGAAUCAGUACCGUAAUGCCGAGUAACUGAUAUCUAUCAACAUCUAUGAUUGAACGAUCGAACUCGCCUUAAAACCCCAGUCACGCGUCUAUCGAGAAACCAUUUCUUCCUUCCUUCCUUCUUCCACUGUUCUGCGAUGACUUACGUUGUGAACACUGUUCCCGCUGAUCGGACGAAUUCUGUCAGCUCUGAACACGAGCGGUUGGAGGACUCGGUUCUGGACCUCAAAAAUGUCCCAGUGCUGACACCAGAACAGGAGAAGAAACUGUGGAGAAAGAUUGACUUACGGUUGAUGCCUAUCCUUAGUUUGAUGUACCUCCUGGCUUUCCUUGACAGAAGUAACAUCGGCAACGCGAAGUUGGAGGGGCUUGAAACUCAGCUGGAUCUCACAGGAAACAGAUUCAACAUUGCAUUGAUAAUGUUUACCAUACCAUACUGCCUGUGUGAACCUCCCACUAACCUGGUUCUUAAAACAUUCCGCCCAUCCAGAUGGCUUCCAGGGAUCAAUUUUGCAUGGGGGAUAAUUAUGAUAAUCAUGGCUUUCGUGAAGACAUACCCUCAGCUUGUCGGAGCCCGAGUCUGUCUAGGCGUUGCUGAGGCGGGUUUGUUCCCUGGUGUUGUUUAUUACCUUACUUUGUGGUAUCCGAGACACAUGUUACAAUAUCGAAUUGGAUUAUUUUUCGGUGCUGCAACACUUGCAGGUGCUUUCUCCGGUUUACUAGCCUUUGGGAUCAGUUACAUGAGUGGCAUGGAGGGACUCGAAGCAUGGUCUUGGAUCUUCUUGCUUGAAGGCCUUGUAACGAUAGUUGUAGCCUUCGUUGCUCUUUUUGUACUGGUAGACUUUCCUGACACAGCUAAGUUUUUGGCCCCCGAAGAGCGUGCUUUUAUUGUCUGGAGGAAAAAGUACGACAAUUCGUCAGUCGGUGAGGAAGAGAGGUUUGCGGCCAGGCACGUCUGGGCCGCGUUCAGAGACUGGCAGGUCUGGACUCAUAUCCUCAUUUAUAUGUCAAUUGUCGGACCUUUGUAUGGCAUCACCCUGUUUCUCCCAAUUCUAUUCAGCUUCGGAUAUAACACGCCAGUCAGCCAGCUGCUCACCAUACCACCAUAUGUCGCCGCAACUCUCACAUUGCUCGUUUUUGCGCACUACUCGGACAAGUUGAAGAUGCGAUCCCCUUUCAUUCUUGCCGGCCUUACUAUGUGUCUGAUCGGUUUUUCGAUAAAUAUAUCCACCGCACCCAGUGGUGCCAAGUACUUUGGGACUUUCUUCAUUGUCAUGGGAAGUUAUGCAGCAUUUCCUGGCGUGGUUUCUUGGCUUGGAAACAACCUUGCCGGCCAGUACAAGAGAGGUGUUGGUAUGGCCCUCCAUAUUGGCAUUGGAAACUUCAGUGCUGCCAUUGCAACUGUCAUCUAUCGAUCGCAAGACUCACCUCGGUUUAUUCUUGGGCAUGGACUGGAGCUCAUGUUCGUCGGCAUUGGAUUCACCUUUGUACCACUAGUCGUGUUCAUUUACAAGAGGAUCAACGCGCAACGUGACGCUGCCGAACGCCUCGCAACUGAACGAGGAGAGAAAGUACAAUACUCGGUCCAGGAAUUACGGGAGUUGGGAGAUCGUGCGCCUGACUUCAGAUACACAUUAUGAAAAGGAACGAAAUUAUGCCUCAUGAUUAUCAUGACCUGGUAUCGAGGAUACAACUUUGAAAAAAAUUGCGUUUGUGGACUCUUUGGUUCGAACCAAAUACACUGGCACAACUCGUCCAGCUGAACGAGUGUGUCAUUUUUCUUCUCUUCAUUUUUCCUUCUCUAUACAUCCCACUCGCUCGAACCUACCUCAUUUCUAUUUUCCUUCUGCUUAGGAGAUCCAUCAUUCCCACAGAAAAGCCCAAAAUUCGGCGCACUUUUGUACCUGUGCAAUCAGCAACGAAAUUA